AUCUCCUAUUUUACUUUGCUAUUUACCCUCAAACGCACGUAUUGUUGCAACUAAAAUGAUAAGUCCUAUAUUCAAUUUAUGCAGUUCGUGUUUCAAUGCAAGUUUAUAUGUUUUCACUCGAGCAGUGCUUAUAGUUUUGAGUGCUAGUAUUUAUCAAGGUUUUGUGAUUGUGGAAGUGUUCUUGAAUAGUUACAAUUUGGUGUAUCCGCCGUAUUUAGCCGUACCUAUAGCUAAGAGUCGGAAUCAUGUGACCAAUAUUGUUGGGUUUGUAAUGAGGAUAAUCGCUGUUAAGACAGCCAUGCUGAACGGGUUCAUGCGAUGGUUCCUGAGGUUCCUGGUGUCCCUCCUGGCCCUCGUGGUGUGGCCUCUGACUUACAUCCUCAACAUCAGACGGAACAGGAAGUGUCCUCCUCCCGCCAACCCUCUGCUCUUCAAAUCUGCUACCACCUUGGCUGGUAUGAUUAGGAAUAAACAGGUGACUUCAGAAGAAGUAGUAUCAGCCUACAUAGACCGAUGCAAGGAAGUAAACCCUUACCUCAAUGCUGUGGUGGAACCAAGAUACGAGGUAGCUUUGAAGGAGGCGAGGGUUAUUGACAAGAUGAUAGCAUCCAACGAUAGGACUCCUGAAGACCUGGCGAAGGAGUAUCCACUUCUUGGUGUCCCUAUGACAGUGAAAGAAAGCAUAGCUGUUGAAGGCAUGAGCAACGACUGUGGUACCGUAUACCCCUACAGGAACCCAGCUAAGCAAGACGCCGCCAUCAUCAGGCUAGCUCGAGCUGCUGGGGCCAUCCCCAUAGCGGUCACCAACACUCCGCAACUGUGUAUGAACUGGGAGACUUAUAACAACGUCACCGGGCUAACCAUGAACCCUUAUGACCAGAAACGAACCACUGGCGGGUCUUCAGGUGGAGAGGCGGCUCUGAUAUCGGCGGCAGCCUCAAUUAUGGGCGUGGGGUCAGACAUCGCCGGGUCCCUGCGACUACCGCCCAUGUUCACUGGCAUAUUUGGCCACAAACCCACGCCCAGGCUUCUGUCCAUUGAAGGUCAUGUACCAGACUGUCUAGACCCAGAUUUCGAAGAAUACUUCGCCUUAGGACCCAUUACGCGCUAUGCUGAGGACCUAACCCUACUUCUUAAGGUGCUGAAGCAACCUGGUGCUCCCGAUGUUCCAUUGGAUAAACCUGUGGACGUGUCCAAACUGAAGUUUUACUACAUGAAUGGAGACAACAGUAAUGUGACUAACAAAAUCGGAACGGACGUACGAAAUGCUAUGGAGAGAGCCAAAUUGUACAUCAAGAAUACUUACAACACGGACGUUGAAGAGCUGAAGAUAAAGAACAUAGAGCAUAUGUGGGAGAUCAGCGUCAGAGUGCUUGUAAACAUUAGACACGUCAGAAACAUAUACACAGACCCUGAGAAACGUGACCAAUGGGUCUCAGUGUGGCCUGAGGUGCUAAAGAAGAUGUUCGGAAUGUCCUCACACAGCUUCACCAGCGUCGCCUACGGACCACUGCAGAAAUUCUUCGACGCGCUACCUAAAGGGUACUAUCAGAAUCUUCUUAAGGUCUUCGAGGAGAUUAAAGAAGAUUUUCAGAAAGCAUUAUCAAACGAUGCAGUGUUGCUGUUCCCAACGUAUCCCUACCCUGCUCACCUGCACUACCGCGUCUACUACAGAUUUCUUAACUGCGGAUACCUGACGAUAUUCAACGCUUUAGGCCUCCCCGUCACCGCAUGUCCAAUAGGCCUCAACAGCCAAGGCCUCCCUGUAGGCAUCCAGAUCGUAGGCAACAAAUGCAACGACCACCUAACAAUAGCUGUUGCCAAAGAGUUCGAGAAGGCUUUCGGUGGCUGGGUUCCACCGAACCAAGAACUGAUAAACUCUGUCAAGACUGCUUAGAAAUAGAUUAGUUUGUUUAUCGUUUGUAAAUAGUCAUGUGUUAUUGUUGGAUUGCUUAUGAGGUUUAAAUGGCCUAAGGCUUUUAAGACUAAAGAUGACGCAGGUGCGAUCGUAUAUUUUAGGGUAAUCUUUGAAUACCGAUGGUCAUUCUCAUUAUUAACGCAAAAAUAUCUAGAACCCUAAGUUUUAACUGUCUAUUUGCAAAAAGAAUAAAGAUUUUAUUAUAUUUUUACGUUCGCCCUUCUGAUAUUGACUUCGGGUGUUCGAAGAACUACCUUUUAGGGCGAUUUCUUGAAGAUUUGCCGAAACCCUCCUAUAAAAACACAUUCAAUUCGUCAGGCCAGCUUUAUUGUGUGCCGUGUGACCGGAUCUUCAAGUCCAAUUUCGGUUUCGCCAGCCACAUCAGAGCCCACCACAACAACGUCUCAGGAUAGAUAUUUAGGAGUCGCCGUCGCUGAAUACGGUUUGGAUGACAUUAUGAUGAUGAUAAUGACUAGUCUGAAAGGAUUGUAUUGGAUAGAAUCGGCCAAAAGUAGGCCUAUAUCAUACAGCUGAAAGUGUUUGUUGUAAAGAGAUGAUUGCCCUAUGCUACGGCUACACAGUAAUCGGGUCAGCGGGAGCACAUUUGGCCUUAGUUAAAACUUUCUGUUAUAAGUUAUAAGUAUCAGAAUCGUGCUCAAAUAAAUCGUGUUAACGAUCGUCUGUGUCCAAAAACGAGUGGUUAGCUUUACUUUUGUAUAUUUAAGUAAGUAUGUAUCUGAGUUAACUUAAUACCUAUUCAUAAUAAAUAAAUAAUAAGCACUUUUAAAUCACAAAACACUAUAGCAGAGUAAAAUUGGACUUGUAAGUAGUUCGUGACUUUUAUAGCUGUUAUAAAUUAGAAUUUUUGCUUCGACAUUCUGCCUACAUCUUCAUCACAAAAAUCUAAACUAAUGACGCAAUUUUGUGAUAGUAGGUAACUAGGUAUAUUAUAGAAUUAUGUAGAAUAUCAUUAUUUAUGUCGAGUAUUUUUACACGAAUUAAAUGAGUACCUACACUUUU